UUCUGUUGUUGAUGUCUAAUGUGAGAAGUAGUUCACUUUUCUGUCAGUAUUCUAAUCUUUUUUUUUCUCUCCUCUGCCUUUGUCUUUAUGUAAGUUGUUCACUGGACUCAGAGCUCCUGCUCGGGGAUUGCUGCUAUUUGGCCCACCAGGGAAUGGGAAGACAAUGCUGGCCAAGGCUGUGGCCUCUGAAUCCAAUGCAACAUUCUUCAAUAUCAGUGCUGCAAGUCUAACCUCCAAAUACGUUGGAGAGGGAGAAAAGUUAGUGAGAGCUCUCUUUUCAGCAGCUCGAGAGCUUCAGCCAUCCAUCAUUUUCAUUGAUGAAAUAGACAGCCUUCUUUGUGAGAGACGAGAAGGAGAGCAUGAUGCAAGCAGACGCUUAAAAACAGAGUUCUUGAUAGAAUUUGAUGGGGUGCAGUCCAGUGGGGAUGACAGAGUUUUAGUAAUGGGUGCAACAAAUAGGCCACAGGAGCUAGAUGAAGCUGUCCUUAGGCGUUUUACAAAGAGGGUGUUCGUCUCACUUCCAAAUGAGAAAACACGGCUGUUGCUGAUUACAAAUCUUUUGGCCAAACAUGGGAAUCCGCUAAGUCGAAAGGACCUUGAACAUUUGGCCAA